GUUCGAUACGUUGAGGUCUCAAGAAUGAACGGUAGAUAUGUUCCCAAGUCAAGGAGCAAUAUAAUUGGUCAGAACAAGCGUAUGCAGAAUCCCAAUUGGUCCACGUCAUCAGCAGUGACAUGUUCGUGCGUAAUAAAGCUUUGAGUUGACGAAAGUACCUUCCGGAAGAAUCGAACCUGGAUUCGACGAACCACUAUAUAACGGCUCAGACCUUUCUUCCAAAAACCAACAAACUGAAAAACCGAUUGCACCUGCAACUUCUUCAACUUCACCAUUUCAAUUGUAAUCGCCGACGCUAUUUAGAAGAAGAACACAAAACGCAGAUAGUGUUAUAGAGAGAGCAAUGGUUCGAGCUUUUAUAAUUGUUCUCGGCAUUAUUUCAUUAGGAUGUCUAAUUGAAAGUUCCAUUGGGAAAGAGGAAGCCACAAAGUUGGGGACUGUUAUUGGGAUAGAUCUUGGAACAACCUAUUCUUGUGUGGGUGUUUAUAAGAAUGGCCAUGUUGAGAUCAUAGCCAACGACCAAGGUAACCGUAUCACACCAUCAUGGGUUUCAUUCACCGACGAUGAGAGACUUAUUGGGGAGGCUGCAAAGAAUCUUGCAGCUGUCAACCCUGAAAGGACCAUCUUUGAUGUCAAGAGACUUAUCGGAAGAAAAUUUGAAGAUAAGGAAGUUCAAAGAGACAUGAAGCUUGUUCCUUACAAGAUUGUCAACAAGGAUGGAAAACCUUAUAUUCAGGUUAGAGUAAAGGAUGGUGAGACCAAGGUGUUCAGCCCUGAGGAAAUCAGUGCCAUGAUUCUUGGUAAAAUGAAGGAAACCGCUGAAGCAUUCCUCGGCAAGACUAUUCGUGAUGCCGUGGUCACUGUCCCAGCUUACUUCAAUGAUGCUCAGAGGCAGGCCACCAAGGAUGCCGGUGUCAUUGCUGGUUUGAAUGUUGCUAGAAUUAUUAAUGAACCCACCGCCGCUGCCAUCGCUUAUGGAUUGGACAAGAAAGGUGGAGAGAAGAACAUUCUUGUCUUUGAUCUUGGAGGUGGAACUUUUGAUGUCAGUAUCUUGACAAUUGAUAACGGUGUUUUUGAGGUUCUUUCAACAAAUGGUGAUACUCAUCUUGGAGGUGAGGACUUUGAUCAGAGAGUAAUGGAGUACUUCAUUAAAUUGAUCAAGAAAAAGCAUGGAAAGGAUAUCAGCAAGGACAACAGAGCACUUGGAAAGCUGAGGAGGGAGAGUGAGCGUGCCAAGAGAGCUCUUAGUAGCCAGCACCAAGUCCGCGUGGAAAUUGAAUCACUUUUUGACGGCGUUGAUUUCUCCGAGCCACUUACCCGUGCUCGAUUUGAAGAGUUGAACAAUGAUUUGUUCCGGAAGACAAUGGGGCCUGUUAAGAAGGCAAUGGACGAUGCUGGUUUACAGAAGAGUCAGAUUGAUGAGAUUGUUCUUGUUGGUGGAAGCACAAGGAUUCCAAAGGUACAACAGCUUUUAAAGGAUUACUUUGACGGAAAGGAGCCAAACAAGGGUGUUAACCCUGAUGAAGCAGUUGCCUUUGGUGCUGCAGUUCAAGGAAGUAUUUUGAGUGGGGAGGGUGGUGAAGAAACCAAAGAUAUCCUUCUCUUGGACGUUGCUCCUCUAACCCUUGGAAUUGAAACUGUUGGCGGAGUGAUGACAAAGUUGAUUCCUAGAAACACUGUUAUCCCUACCAAAAAGUCUCAGGUUUUUACCACAUACCAGGAUCAGCAGACAACCGUCUCCAUUCAGGUGUUUGAAGGUGAGAGGAGUCUUACAAAGGAUUGCCGGCUCCUUGGUAAAUUCGAUCUGUCUGGAAUUCCACCAGCUCCAAGAGGUACCCCUCAAAUUGAAGUGACCUUUGAAGUUGAUGCAAAUGGUAUUCUAAAUGUUAAAGCAGAAGACAAGGGCACUGGCAAAUCAGAAAAGAUCACCAUUACCAACGAAAAGGGUCGUUUGAGCCAAGAGGAAAUUGAACGGAUGGUUCGUGAAGCCGAGGAGUUUGCUGAGGAAGACAAAAAAGUCAAGGAAAGAAUUGACGCCCGAAAUGCCCUAGAAACCUACAUCUACAACAUGAAAAACCAAGUCAGUGACAAAGACAAACUGGCCGAUAAGUUGGAAUCAGAUGAAAAGGAAAAAAUUGAGACCGCCGUGAAGGAAGCAUUGGAAUGGUUGGAUGACAACCAGAGUGUGGAGAAAGAAGAAUAUGAGGAGAAGCUUAAAGAAGUAGAAGCUGUCUGUAAUCCCAUCAUCACCGCCGUCUACCAGAGAUCAGGUGGUGCCCCAGGUGGCGGUGCAUCAGGUGAAGACGAGGAGGAUGAAUCUCACGAUGAACUCUAGAGAUGUUUUGAGCUAGAUACAUGAUGAUGAGAUAAGAAGAAGCAAUAGGUUAGGCAGAGUCUGUUAAAUUGUCUGAUAGGUGGGAAUUAAAAAUUUCCCCUGCGCAGCUGCGCUUGCUUUUUGGUCAGCGAACAUACUUGCAAAAUUAUUUGUACUUCCUUUUUUGCUAGUUUAUGAGAAGACUUAUUAUUCUCCUGUA